GUUGUUUGCGUGUUUCACGUGCUCAGUACGUAAAUUGUAAGGUCUUCUUUUUCUCUUCAUUAUCUCCUUCGAGAAGAAAAAAAUCUGCAUGUAUCCUUCUUUACUGGAUUUUUCAGUUCUUCUACCAUCAUGUGUGAAGUUGGAUUCUUUGAAGGACCCGAAAAGCUGAUGGAAGUAUGGUGGAAAUGUUUACCACCGGAUCAGACCAAGGUCCUCGACAACACCAAGUCUGGGGACCUCAGAACCAUAUCAAGGGAGAAAUGGGAGAGAAUUCUGGAGUUGGUGAAUUGUCAGAUCAUAAGUGUGACAAAGAAUGAGGAAAUGACUGCAUAUCUUUUGAGUGAGAGUAGCAUGUUUGUAUCCAAGACACGGGUGAUCCUCAAAACAUGUGGUCAGACGACGCUACUGUACAGUAUUAAACCAAUGAUGAGCAUGGUUAAAGAGGAAUGUGGACUGACAGAGAUUCAGGAUUUUUUCUACUCCAGAAUGAGCUUCCUUGAGCCAAAGCUGCAGCAUGCUCCACACCAGUCAUUUGACCAAGAGGCUCAGUGGCUGGAUAARUUAUUUCCUAAUGGUGCAGCUUAUGCCCUGGGAAGGAUAAAUGGACGUGGAUGUUGGUACCUUUACACCCUUAACUCUGGAGUGGAUGAACCAGACCAGACCCUAGAGAUCUUGAUGCAAGACUUGGAUCCUGACAUAAUGAAGGAGUUCUACAAGAAUGAGAGUUCUGAUGUCAAGCAUGUGACAAAGAUAUCAGGCAUUAAGGACUUCAUUCCAGAGGCUUUGAUUGAUGAUGCAUUGUUUGACCCCUGUGGUUACUCCAUGAAUGGACUUAUCAAUGAAAGUUAUUUCACCAUUCAUAUCACACCCCAAAAAGAGUGCUCUUAUGUUAGCUUUGAGACAAACUUCAAACUUGUUUGUUAUAAGGAUUUAAUCAACAAAGUGUUGUGUGCUUUCAAGCCAGCCAAAUUUCUAAUGACCUUGUUUGCUAAUAAGGAUGCACCGUGUAGUCCUUCAAUCAAAACAUUUGAAAACAUAAUAACAGGCUACAAAAGAGAAGAUUUUCAGUUGUGCAAGAUGAAAGAAUACAACUUGAGUUAUGGACACUUUAAGAAGGACACGACCAGUCCUAUUAGCUGAGACAGGACAAUUGUGCAUGUCAAUAACACCCUAUGAGUAGAAAAUAAUAUAUAGAUCWUAAUCAGGAUUCCCAGGGUUCAGGGAAAAGUCAGGGGAAAAAAGUCAGGGAAAAGUCAAGGAAUUUUUUAUUUAGUCAGGGAAAUUGCGAUUUUCACCUAAAGUUAGGGAAUUUUGUUUAAAGUUAACCAUGAGUAUCCGUGUGAUACUCAUACUGUUUGCAAUUUUCGAAUAGACUGAUAAAUCUUUUCAA